UGCGUCGCCAGAGCUCUCUGUCACACUCUCUUUCCUCAGAGCGGAAAAGAAGUAAACGAGCGGCAGAAGAGGGCGACGGGCGGCGAAAUCAAGAUGGAUCGGUACCAGAAGGUGGAGAAACCAAGAGAGGAGAUCCCAAUCAACGACAAUGAGAUCCGUAUUACGGCUCAGGGGAGGAUGCGCAAUUACAUUACCUACGCCACCAGUCUGCUUCAGGAGAAAAGUUCCGGUGACAUUGUUUUCAAGGCAAUGGGUAGAGCUAUCAACAAGACGGUUAUGAUUGUGGAAUUGAUCAAGAGAAGGAUUGUUGGUCUUCAUCAGAUUGCUGCUAUUGGAUCUAUUGAUAUAACUGAUACAUGGGAACCACUCGAGGAAGGACUACUUCCGCUUGAAACUACUAGGCAUGUGUCUAUGAUCACUAUAACAUUAUCAAAGAAGGAGCUGGAUACAUCUGCAGUUGGAUAUCAAUCUCCUUUGCCUGCAGAUCAGGUGAAACCAUCAGCAGAGUUUGAGUACGAAGGAGAAGGUUCACCUGCUGGCCGUGGUAGAGGCAAUGGUCGUGGCAGGGGAAGAGCUCGCGGAAAUGGUGUGGUGGACUAUGGUGAUGGAGGAUGGGACAACAGGGGUCGCGGUUUUGGUCGAGGCAGCUAUGCCCGAGGUAGAGGCUGGGGUUUCCGUGGUCGUGGCAGAGGAGGCUUUGGUGGUCGACCUGAUUAUCUGCACGAGACAGGCUACAAUGAUCAGGCUCCUAUGCCAGCCAGAGGCAGAGGUCGUGGUCGUGGUCGUGGAAGGGGCCGAGGUUUCAGAUCAAAUGGACCCGUCCAAGCAGUUAAUGGUGGAACAUGACUUGAUGGAUCUGAUUUGCAAGUUUCUGCUCCCAGUUGUCGGAUGCCUGCUCUAUUUUCUUCUUUCUUUUUUUCGGAUGUAGAUUAGCUGCAGCAUCUGAAUAGUUGUAAGGCUUGACACCAUAGCAUGUUCCUGUUGUGGUUCUGAAGGUUUAGGUAGCUGAUCCAUUUGUUCUGUUUUUCCUUAAAUGACUAAUUGUAGGAUUCAACUAAAAGAGCAGUGCAUUCUUUUGAUUUUUUUAUUUUAUUUUUUUAAAUGGUGGUUUGUUCAAUGCUUAA